CCUACAUUAUAUGUUUAUCUGUUGAUUAAUAACAAGUUCUGUGAAUAACAAUAACACUUACAAUGGUAUUUAUCGUGCCAGAUACUUUUCUAGAAAAUUACACCUGUAGUGUGUGUUAUAAAUAUUUGUCGGUGAUACCAGUUAAAAUAUGUCGCAAAAAAAAUAUAUGUGGUAGAUGUGUAAAAAAUGAAAGUAGUGAGACAGAUUCAAUGUAUAACAAAAUUGCCGUUGGAGCACUUUUCAAAUGUGUAAAUCAAUAUGACGGGUGUAGAAGUAUUCUACCAGUUAAUCAAGUAGAAGCUCAUGAAAAAAUAUGUAAAAGUAAGGUACAUGUAUGUCCAUUGUGCCCAGAAGCAGUAAAUCUUGAAACGUACCUGUUUAUUCAACACUUUAGACGGUAUCAUAAAAAUCAUAUUUUAGAAAAAUGUUAUUUUGAACUGGAAAUGGAUAACUCGUUGUAUCAGCAUCAAAUUUACCUCUACAAAUCAAAAAACAACUUAUUUUUUGUAAAAGUUCAGAUAAAAUCAGCCACAUUGACGUUUACUAUAUCUGCAUUGAGAGAUGAAAAUUUGGAAGAGAUUUAUCAAAGAUUUCGUAUAAUUUGUGUAGAUUCAAUUAUCGAAACAAAUAAAAAGUUAGUACUGUCAGUUACUAAAUCAGAAGGUAAUUCUUUUAUUAUUUCGAGAUCUCUUUUUAUAAAAGGAAAAUUACAUGUGCUAUUCGAAUUGGAAUCCAGUGGCGUAACGAAAGUAAUUGAAGAAUCAGGUGAACCCAGUACUUUAAAGAAAAACAAUUCUGUUAUUAAAAUAGAUAGAAAAGUAGCUUAUAAACUACAAAUCAGUAAGUCUGAAGUAAAUAUAAGAGGAAAAAUAUUUGUACCGUUUUGUUUUGUUUGUUCAGAUGUGAUAUGUAUCGAUGAUGAAAAUGAUCUUAAUUACAUUAUGUUAAAAGAUAGAUAUAUCUAUGUUUGUCUACAUUGCCUGCUUUACAUAAAACGCAUUAAAUCGUUAGACUAUUGGAUUGAUUCUGAAGAUAGUUUUACUACCAGUUGUUCUAGGAUAUUGUAUUAUUGUCAAUGGGAAUGUGGAACUGCUUGCUAUAGCGAAGAACUUUUAUUUCAUGAAAUAAAUUGUAUUAAUCAACCAACAAGAAAGUGCCCUUUUAAUGAUUGUGAUUUUAUGGGUAAAUUAAAUGACAUAGAAAGGCAUUUUGAUUCAACUCACAAAACAAAUGAAAAUGACAUUUAUGUAUAUACAAGCUUUGUUCUUAUUUUACCAAACGUAGAAAUGUACGUCUGGUUGAAGGGGUAUUUUGUUAUUAUUAAAUUUACAUUUAGUACUGACUUUUUUAAUUUAAAAAUAGAUUAUAGAGGACUACCAAAGCAAAUGACAUUAGUAAUUGUGUUGGAAAGUGGUCGCGGUUACUAUGUAAGUGGUCCUAAUGGAACAACUUUGAGGUUAAAUUUAAGCGAAUAUGAUUACGAUGAUAUACUAAACGGUUAUGCUAAAAUAAUUAUUAGAGAGGAAACUGAUAAUUUUGAUAAUUGUAUUUAGUGCUCUAACAAGUAUAAGAGCAAUUUUGUUUUUUUUUUGUAUAGGGUUACCAGAUUCAAAAAUACAAACUCCUGACAUUCCUUACGAAAAUUCCGGACAUUUCUUUAAAACUCAGAAAUAUUUACUAAACGUUUUAUUUAAAAAAGUACCUAUCGUUAAAAACUAAAAACAAAAACAGUUCAAUUAAAAAUUUGUGAAAUUAAACAUUAAACAUUAUUUAAUAUAAAGGCCAUACACAAGACAACAACAACAACAACAACCGUCUAUUAAAGAAUAUAUACAUAAAAAAUAAAUUAUGAAAAUAUAAAAGAGAAGUUAGAUUCAGUUUCAACGGCUAAUAGAACUGUUUAUACGGGAUUUUAAGUAUAGCUUAAUACGUUUGAUGAUUUUCUUGAAAAUUCCGUACAAUUUAUAAUUCCCGGCACAUUCCGGACAAAGCGCCAACAUUCCGGAUAUGUCUGGACUUUUCCUGGCAUCUGUUAACCCUGGUUAGGUAUAAUUUUGUCACGAUUUCUAAAGGUUAUUAUUUAAAUAAUAAAUUUACUUUACGUUUAUAUUUUUUAUUAAUGAUACGUGUACUUAGAAAUAAGUUUUGUUAAUAAUAGUAUUUAAGCAAAAUAAUAUAAUUUUUUUUUCUUGUACUAUUUUUAAUAAAAAUUAGCAAACUACUUUCUGUGAUUUUAAUUCAUCAUUAUGACUUGUGCUCUGCUUGGGUG